UGUUCUAAGGUUUUAUUUUCUGUUGUGUUCAGUGUUAAAAAUAUUCAAUUUUCAUUCUUGUGUUUGAUUACAACAAAGAAACGAAGAGGUUAUUUUCUUCGUAGUGUUUGCAUUUAUUUAUUUAGUCCGUAAAAAACAAGUACUAAGUAAUAUCAUAGUUUUAUUAAAAGUAAGACUUAUCACUCAACUUUGAAUAAGAUCUUUCAAAGAGAUUUUUAACAAAAGUCAUUGAGGAUUGUUAAACUUUGCCCCUGCUUUUUUUAUCUAGUGAUCAUUACCACUAUCCACCAUUAGAAAAUAAUUGUGGCAUCAGAUAUAUACUUUUUAUAUUAAAACAUACAUUUAAAAGAUGUCAACUAUGACUUUUGGUCAAAAGCAAUUCAUACCUACACCUCCAGAUAAGGGCAGUUUUCCUUUAGACCAUGAAGGUGUUUGUAAGGCUACAAUGAAAAGGUAUCUUAAUUGCUUAUUCGAAAAUGAUAGUAAUAACUCUAUGUGCCGAGCAGAAGCCAAGGAAUAUCUUGCUUGUAGAAUGGAACACAAUCUUAUGGCUAAAGAAGAGUGGUCAAAAUUAGGCUUUUCAGACAAAGAAAAACAGUUGAAAGAAGAACAGAACUGAACAGAACAAGUACUGUUAGACUAGACUAAAUUUAAUUAUUGUUAUCUAAAAAAUAUAACAUUAAAAAUUAAUAUACAUAUUUUAUUUUCUCAUUAAAAAAAUAUUCUUGUAAGUUUGAAUAAAUAACAAGAUUUACAUGAUAGCCAUAACAAUAUUUCUAGCAUAUCAAUUGUUAUCUAGACUGUAUAGUAUAAUUUUAACAAUAAAUAUAUCUGAGCUUAUUUGUAAUUAAAGCAUUUAUCAUCUCACUUGCCCUUCCUCACAGAAAAAGGUGUUUUGUUUUUCAUACAACUGAAGACUGAUAAACUAAUAAACUGUAUCUUCAUAUCCUGUAAAUAUAGGUUAAUAUAAGAAUAAAUUUUAUUCUGAUGG